UAAAAUACAUCGAAUUAACUUUUUAUACAUAAACAUAUCAUGAAAGGUAUUUUUGACGUAUUGAUCCAAAGCGGAUUAUAUUCAGACAUAAGGAACCUGGAUUUAAUUCUUCGGAAAAAGUCAAAAUGGACGACCAAACAGAACGGGAUGCCAUCGAUAAAAUGAUGAAAUCGGGGUCAUCCUCCGCGAUGUCCCGUGGCACAAGUGGUACUAACGACGCAACUGAUAACGCUAAGGGUAAAAAAUUUGACUCAAAGACAAUCCGGAAACCAAGAAGCAUGGAUGGUUUCCAAGAAAUACAAUUUGAGGCCUGUUCCAGUGGAAGGUCAAGGUCGCCGUCAGUAAGGACAGACAACAGCAUUUUCCCCUCUCGUCCCCCUUCUGCGUCAACUGAAAUAUCACCUAGACUACCAUCCUCUCUUACGAACAGGUGCGACAAUAAAACACCAUUUGUGAAUCUGGCAAUGAUAGGACCCGUAGAUUCCGGAAAGUCCUCUCUUGCUGGAAGAUUUUUGUAUAGUUGUGGUGCAGUUGACGAGCAAACGUUGUCUAAAACAUCAAACGAGGCAAUCAUUGCCGGAAAGCCAUCAUUAAAGUUCGCUUGGCUUUUGGACAAACUUAAAGUAGAGAGGGAUAGAAACCACUCCAUCGACAGCAAGACGCGGCGAGUGGAGACCUCUGUCUACAAUAUGGUCGUCAUCGACUGUCCGGGACACCGGAACUACGUCCACAACAUGAUCACGGGGAUUUCCCAGUCAGACAUUGUGGUGUUGGUUGUGCCAGCCCCGAAGAAAGAGUUCGAGUUGACCAUUACAAAGACCGGACAACUAAGGGAGUUCCUGAACAUUGCCUACUCUAUGGGGAUCAAGAAACUCAUUGUUGUCGUAAACAAGAUGGACGCAACUUCACCUCCAUAUUCUCAGAUACAGUACAACUCAUGCAUUCACCUUGUUCACCGCGUUGCACAAAAGGUUGGCUACAACCCAAAUAAAGUCAUAUUUGUGCCCGUAUCAGCUUUGAAGGAUGACAACAUCACAACACCGACGUCUAAUAUGGCGUGGUACGACAAUUGGGAGACUGUGAGCAGGCCCGGAAAUCACGUGACCGGUGUGACGUUGCUCGACGCUCUACACAAAACACAACAACCCACACGCAUGAACAGUAAACCCCUCCGUGUUCCCAUCCACACCGUGUACAAAUUGGGGACCAUAGGUAUCGUGGCUGCCGGACGGGUGCAUGCUGGGUCAAUCAGACCGCAGAUGGAGCUCAGCUUCGCUCCAUCAAACAGGAAGUGUUCGGCACGUGCAAUACAGAUUUAUGGCGAGAUUACUAACGAGGGUCGAGCAGGAGACAAUGUGGGGAUUCAGUUGGAAGGCUUGAGCACAAACAAGAUCAGGAGGGGGUUCGUCUGUGGAAACUUGUACGAUGACCCGCCUCAUGAAGUCAAACAAAUUACAGCGCAGAUUCGAAUAUUAUAUCAUCCCGGAAAUAUCAAGAAAGGUUAUUCCCCUUUGCUGCACUGCCACACCGCCAUGACAGCAUGUACCAUAACCAAAAUUAUAGAACGGACGGACGAUCGAACGGGGCUGACAGCUGAAGAUUUCCCGACAUCCUUGUCGACCGGAAACGUCGGUCUGGUGGAAAUGAUUUUACUGAAACCAAUCUGUAUAGAAACCUUCUUUGAUUAUCCGUCAUUAGGGAGAAUCAUUUUACGUGAUUUGAAGCAGACGAUAGCUGUUGGAGUCGUAGUAAAGGUUACUAAAGGCAAUAUAAAAGACAUGAAGAGUUUAUUAAAAAAGCAAAGCCAAGAGAACAAUAUAGAUGAGGAUGUGGAAAAAAAUGAAAUAGAUAUUGCAGAAAAGUACGAUUCCUUGAAACACUUCCCCAAUAAUCGUAGAAACGAAGGCCAAAUUGAUGGCAACAACGAAAAUGAAAAUUGUAAUAAAGAACAGACUGCAACAAAAGAAGGUAUAAUAGAAACCAUUGCAGACAUCACAGAGGAGGAAAUAGCAUCUGAUCUCAAGAGAACUCCCGAUUUAGAGAAAAAAGACUCAAUAAUUGAGAAACUGACACCAGUUAAUAAAACUGAAAAUAAUGUGGUAGAUAUUGAAAAUGACAAUUGUGAAAAUGAAAAGGAAAACUCUGAAGGAAUAUUAAAACUUAACAUUAACUUAGCGGGGUCUAUGAACGAAAACGAAGACCUUACCAUGGAAGAGGAUGUGUAACUCUGUAGAAAUGUCAUCUAUUUGUAUGUCCUUGUUGUUAACUUUUCACAAUUUUUAGUACGAAUCUGAACAUUUGAAAUGUUCUUUGGUUAUUUCAACAGUAUGGAUGUCCAUGCAGAAAAAUGCUUCCGCAAACAUAACUAGUACAUAUUAUUUGAAAAGCAA